AGUAUACUGAAAGCGAAUUUCUUUCAAGCUGAGAACUUCCAAACAUAGCAUAAGAAUGGAGAUUGUCCUGAAAGAACAGUCCCCAUAAUACGGAAUUUAAAAAAACUAACUAUGAUCAAAGAGAAUGAGGUAUCCUUCUAACACAGAGAAUUCUUUUUUUCUUUUCUUUUUUUUUCUCUUCUAGUCUACAAUUUAUUUAAAUUUAUGUUAGUUUAAAUAUAUGUUUUUAAUUUUCAUAUAUGAAAAAGUACGCCCAAAUUACUUCGCGAGUUGGCCACUGGCCACUACUAUGGAUUAGAAGCUUAUCCUAACGUAUGGCACCCAAAUGUCACAUCUACUGGAGAAUUUAGUACUUCUCAAGUUUGGAUAUCAUCAUCAGGUCCAAUAGUAAACUCUAGCACAAUGGAAGCAGGAUGGAUGGUUGCGUUAAUGCUGCUUGUGGGUUCGUGCAAGUAUCUCAAAGUUGCUUUCGGUACACCAUAGAGCCUGUUUCCCAAUACAAUGGAAAGCAGUACGAAACAUACAUGUCCAUUAGGAAGUUACCAGACACAAAUUGGUGGCUCAUAUAUCAAGACGAGCAAGUAGGGUAUUGGCCUGCCAACAUCUUCAAAGAGUUUGGAGAGUAUGCUGCACACAUUAAUUUUGGUGGAAAGAUUUAUAACUCAGAACCAGGCGGUAUUCACACAUCCACACAAAUGGGGAGUGGCCAUUUUUCGAGUGAAGGCUAUGGAAGAGCUUAUUUUAUUCGGAAUAUUAGGUACUCUAACAAAAAUGGAACCUUUGUAAGUCCCAAACCCUCAGCGUUUCAGCAACUUGUAAAAAAGCCUGUGCUAUGAUUUAUAUCUUUCUGCUGGAAAAAACAACUAUGAAACCCAUAUCUUUUUUGGGGGUCCUGGGUACUCAAAUACAUGUCCAAAAUGGUAAGAGACUAAAGAAGAAAUGAAAAUAAAUUGCU